AUGAUGUACCGCAACGCCGUGGCGGUGCUCUUCGCACAGGGCGCCCUGGGAGGUCUUCUGCACAGGCAGAAUGUUGCUCCUGCACCGUCGAUGGCGCCAAUCCCUAUAAACGGGUCUGUCGUCAACCCCCCUCCCAAUGGCACGGCUGGUGGGCGAUUCACCACAGAGGUUGUCUACACGACCAACAUCUAUACGGUGACGUCCUGUGCGUCUGAUGUGACGGACUGCCCUGGCCGGACCACCAGCGAGGUGUCUCCCGUCUCGGUCAACACCGUAUAUGUCACUGCGUCCGGAUCGGGUCUUCCGCCGCCGGUCCCUACUGCAAAUGCUACCGGGGUUGCACCGUCUCUGCCACCUCCUCCACCCUCGCUGUCUGCUUCUGAUUUCGUUCUCAGCUCCAACUCUCCCGUCACCGGCGCUGAGGCAUCUGGCUCAGGAAUCCCCCCAACCCCCCCGGUGGCCUCUGGCCCGCCUACGGGACUCCCUCCUCUGCCCACCGUCAACGCCACAGGCGGCGGGGCACAAGCUCCGGCAGCAUCUUCCUCGUCUGCUUCUCUUUCCGGAAGCGCGUCCUCUUCAAACUCGCCCGUCACUGGCUCGGCAGCUCCAUCCUCAUCAGGCCUCCCCCUGCCACCUCCUCCCCCCGCCAACGGCACGGGACUUCCACCAGCACCUGCUACGAACGGCUCGGCUACAAGACUGCCGCCUCUGCCUCCUUUGACCAGUGGGUUCCCUGCAGCAGGCGGCGCCGCAGCCCCGACUGGUGCUCUCAGCAGCAACCUGCCUGUGGCCAGCGGCCCAGUAGGACCUUUUGCCAACACCUCUGUACCGGUAUCCCAGACCACACUGACUGUCGAGGCGACGACCGUCCGCACUGUCAUCUCCUGCGCCCCGACUGUGACCAGCUGCCCUGGUGCGUCUGAGAGCAGUGCCAUCUCGGCUCUGCCCCCCGGGGCCGUCCAGACUAUUGUCGUCACCGAUACCAUUGCUCAGUACACCACCAUCUGCCCUGUUACGGCUGCUUCCUCGCUGUCUUCAUCCAUCGCAUCCAGCUUCUCCUCUGCCAUCACGACUGUGACUGUACCGGGCGGAUCUGAGUCGGUCUUCAUUCCCACCCCAUCUGCUUCCUCAAGCAGCACUGUCGUCAACGUCCCAACUGUUGUCACCGUCACUGUGGACGGUUCCGCAUCCCUGUCAUCCUCCAGUAUCCAGGUCACCACCGCGGUUCCUCCGCCCAACAACGGCGGAGUGCCUGGCAACGGCGGUGGCGAAUCCGAGUCUACUUCCACCCUGGUGACUGUCAUCUCCGUGCCUACCACAAUCCAGACUACCAUCAGCGGUGUCCCUACCACAAUUUCUUCGACCAUUCCAGUGACCAGCGCACUCGCCAUCGGAGGUGGAUCCGGUUCAACUGGCGGUGGCUCAAGCAACAACGGCGGCGGCUCCCAGAACGGCGGCGGCUCCCAGAAUGGCGGCGGCUUCCAGAACGGCGGCGGCCAGAACGGUGGAGGCUCAAGCAACAACGGCGGCGGCUCUCAGAACAACGGAGGCUCGGGCGGCAACGGUGGCAAUGGAGGCAACGGAGGCGGCAAUGGAAACGGUGGUAACGGAGGAAAUGGAGGAAAUGGAGGAAAUGGAGGCGGUGUCGUCCCCUCAGCCUCUUCCACCGUGCAGACCGUGAUCCCCUCGGUCAGCGUCGUGACUAUCACUGUGUCAGGAGGCGCGGAGUCCACCUCGUCCUCUACUGCCCUGCUCACAAGCACCGUGGUCAUCCCCGUCAGCAACGAAGCGUCCGCGACAUCUGAGGUCAGCCCGGAGCAGCCUUCUGAGACUGUCCAGACGGUGCUGCCCACGCAGAGCGUCGUCACUGUCACUGUCAACGGCAGCCAGACGCUCUCCACUUCAAGUGGUCAGCUCACCAGCACAGUCGUCGUCCCGGCGACUACCACUGUCCCACGGGUUACUCAGACCGUCUUCGUGACCGCCACUGGUGGUGGCGGUGGCGCCGGAGGACAGUGCUCUGCGGUCACAGUCACACAGACCCAGACUGUCUGCGCCGUUGAUGGCGUGUGCCCUACUGGUGCUUCCAAGCUGUAG